AUGGCCGACCAAACUUCCCAACCUUCCGUUUCACCCUCAAAACCUUCGACUGACCAACUUUCCAUGCGAGAAGCAGCAUUCCUUACUGCUAGUCGCCGUUUUAUUGCUCAACCUCACACNUUCCAGCUUUCUUUCACCUCAGCAUCCAUGGCCGACCAAACUUCCCAACCUUCCGCUUCACCCUCAACACCUUCGACUGACCAACUUUCCAUGCGAGAAGCAGCAUUCCUUACUGCUAGUCGCCGUUUUAUUGCUCAACCUCACACUGUUCCUAGAAUCACCGAAAUCUCCACUGAAAGCGAAAAGAAGAGACGAGAUGACAAGAAGGUAUUCGGAAACAUUCUGAGUAACUUGGAGCAAGGAGGAGAACUACCCGAGGCAGGGGUUGUAAACCAACCACUGUAUACAGAGGAGAUGAUGGUGGCAGUGACGGAAGAAGUGGCGGUGACGGAAGAAGUGGCAGUGACUGAAGAAGUGGUAGUGGUGGAGGAAGUGGCAGUGGUAGAGGAAGUGGUGGAAGAGGAGACAAGGAGAAGCACUCUGGCCAUAAGAGAUCCUAAGGAAACUACACAAGUAGAAUCCUAUAAAGGACCCAUCAGAGUCGCAUUAGAAGAAGUCACAGCAGAAAAGCAACAAGAGGUGGAAAAGAAGAAAGGGAAGAAAAAUAAGAACAAGGGAAAGAAGGUUGGAGAAGGUGAGCCAUCCCAUCAUCACAAAGAGAAAAGGAAUAAAGAAAAGAAGGAGGAUGGAGAAGAUGAGAAGGCCGAGCUAAGGAAGAGGAAAAAGAGGGGAGAAAGGAAAGAGCGCAGGUAUGAGGAAAGGCGCUUGAAGAAGGAAGAAGAAAAUAAAAAGAAGGUUGCAAUCCCAGAGAUGGAUGGAGAAUCCACCUCUGUGAGGGAGGACAGGGGGGAACCAGCGCAACUUAGGGAGCCGGUGCAACCUAAAACAAUGCAAUUGGUUGCAGUCGACAAAGGCGAAAAAGGAGAAGUUACCCCCCUGAUGCGGCGUCGCAAGGAGAAUGCACCGCAAGAGUCUACCUUUGCCCCUUCAAUUUUGAUCAACGCAUUAGAAGAAAAGGAAAAGAGGAGAAAGGAAGAGGAAGAGAAGUUACCCCCCUGA